GUUCUGCUGGGUCGUGGUGGCAAUGUGUUGCUCUGAGUAGCGGACGGCGGAUUCCCGGCAGGAGCAUAAGAGGCCGAGGACUCACGCCGACACCCCCCACCUUCAGGAGCCGUCAAUACAAGAUAGACAUACAGGGGCGUGGUUCACUAUAAUCCAGGAGAACUAGUCAGCUAGAACCUAUCCCCCAGGAAGACGAGUGCACAGGGUCGAAACUCACUAACUCCAGUACAUAGAUUCGAUCCUUGGGAAGCCCUACCUGCCUGCCCUCGUAGGCACAGCAGAAGGACGAUGUUGUGGGUGGUCGUUGCCAGCGUUCUUCUGGUAGUGGUUCCUCAGAGAAUCUCCUCGGCCACGUCUGGAACUAAUAACCCAGAUUUGUCACAGCUCCAUAAAACACCACCGCCUUUAGAAAUUCGUAUCCUGGACGAUGCUCUUAACUCCUUGAAGAUUCCUGAGGCGAGGAGGUUGAGACACGAUUAUCAAAGGUCCUCCAAGGAUACCCAGCUGGACGCCGAAGAAGUUGAUGAAGAAGAUGAUGACCUGGUCCUUGGAAACUUCAAGACCUCUCCAAGGUUCAAGAGACAGUAUCAUCCACGACAGCAUAGCCAAUUUGUCAACACACGCACACAAGUUCACAAACAAGCAAUAGCGUGUCCUUCCGUAGUUCCACCAUCUGCUAACAUCAGCCACUGGGACCACCUGAAAUACGUGGCCAAUGCUCACGUUCCAGGCUGUGUUAAAUCUCAGUGCUCUCACUCCUGUCAUCGACGUGAGCCGUGCGCCUUCGAUCAUGAGACCAUCAUGGCGAGACUGUCCCUACUGGAGGAGCGACUGAGGGGCGUAACGAAGAUCGAGACGAGGAUGAAGGUGCACGCUGCUCUCCUUCUACGUGUGCAAACCAACCCAAACUUCCCAGGGCGGCGAGGAGACAGAGGUCCCCAAGGUCCUCAGGGUCGAAAAGGCAUGAGGGGCCCCUUAGGAUCUCCUGGUACUCCUGGUUCUUGCACUGUCAGCGGCUCUGACUCCGCUCCUGCAGGUGUUGAAGGACCUCCUGGCAACAAAGGCUACCCGGGCUUCAUUGGAGACAAAUUGUGCGGGUGUAAUGGAGAUCGUGGAGAAUCAGGAGACCCGGGGAAAAGUCAAACUGGUCCUCCAGGUCCCAAAGGAUAUAAAGGAGCGAAAGGUGCCAAAGGUCCCACACCAUUGCCACUUUAAAGGGGGGGGGGGUAUUAAUGGCCAUUUAUCCCGACACGUUCUUGACCUUUAUACUGUUAGCAAGCAAUACCAACACUACUACUAUCUUAUACUAGUACCAACCAACAGUACAAUUUAGGAUAGUUUGGCGUUGACUCCCACUCCAUACCAGACGAAUACUUAUCACCUCUUCUGCCUGCAGUGGUGUUCGUGCGUCGUGUGGAUAACCUUUACCUUACUCUUACCUGGGAUUCCAAGGUCUAUGGUGUUGGGUGAGAAAUAUAGCCAGUGUUUAUAUUAUUCUGUAGUGUUAUUCCUUCUUGUUUAUACUAUUUUAUGGUGUCUUCUUAACUCUUCUUUCUCUUCCUCUUCUCUUUUUUACUUCUUCUUCUUCUUCUUCUUCUUCUUCUUCUUCUUCUUCUUCUUCUUCUUCUUCUUCUUUUUCAUACUAUAUAUUAGCAUCAUUGUUAAAAUUAUUGUUCGUGUAGUUAUUAUUAUAGUAAUCUUGAGGUUGAUUCUUCUAUAAUACAAACGGUCAAUACUUAAAAACUAGCUCCUUAUUUUAGGCACAGACGAUACCUAAAAAUUAGCCCCUUAGUUUAGGUAUUGAUUAUACUUAAAAAGCAGCCCUAUAUAUUAGGUUAUAUAUUGGCCUUUUUUUAAGUAUGUGUUUAUGAUAUAAUUAGAGGCCAACCCCCUUUUAAGUAGCUCUUGGCUAUAUUUCAAGACUGGUCCCUUAAUUUAGGUAUAUCUUAAAAAUUACUCCUUUUGUAUUGUUGACUAAUAUUUAUUGAUACUGAUAAAUAUUAUAAUAAUAGAGUCAAUAAACAUGUAAACGAAUUAAUGAACUUAAAAAACAAAGCCAAUUAUAUAUGUAUGACUGAAUCACGUAAUAAAGUUUUUUUUUCUCAAG